GUCGUUCGGGAAGGACGCGAUUUUAUUCUACUGCGCCGUUUAGAUCUGUUCUAGCCCUGGUGGGUUUAUUUUUCUGCCUGAUGCCCCGUCCGGAUGUGUUGUGAAAUGCUGUGAUAUUUUCCAACGAAGAUCAAAAGGGUGCUCAAAAAGUGAUUAAAUUUUCCGCAAAAGUUUGUGGAAAAAUAAGCAGUUAUAUCAAAAAUUCAAAUGAAUUACGAUUCUGUGUCUGUGUGCGACAUGAAAACGGUAGCUUUGUAGACGAACGGAAGGAAAACGGAAACAGGAUCAAUAUUUGCAUUUAACUUCCCCGAGGCAGUAAUCAAUUACAUUUUCCAGCACGCGUUUCAUCCAUCGCACACACGUAUCAAAUGCGGUGAACUGCUCGAAGCCGAACUCAACCCGUGGGAAUAAAUACAUCACACUUCUCAGACCCCAUACCAAAACACCAUCAUCCGGCAGUUGCAGGCCUGGUUCAUCAUACUACACAACGCAAGACGAUCUCUAUUACUCGCCGUGUGCUUACUAUUAUUCAUAAAUAUUCCCAAGAAAUUGCAACGAUACAUGCAUUACUAGUCACACCCCGGGGUGAUAUUCUUCGCGUUAACAGGUGAUCGUCAGUUUCGCAGAUUGAACGUUACCAUCAGUUCAAAUGUUAUCAAUGCUGUGAGAAGUAAACAUAGUAAAAUUAUUAGUGAUAUUAUUGAAGGCGGUCAUAUUUACAACCACUAGGGGAAGGCAACUUCGAACAAUCCUAGCUGAGAGAGCAAAAAUGAGUGAUACAACCAGUGGCAUAAGUGACGCUGGAGAGCUGCCCAGCUCUUCCAUCCCGAGCAGUGGUGAGGGCGAUAGCCUGUUGGGUGAAACCGGGACAGCGAACGACGUCGUCGAAAUGACUGGCGCCAGCAAGGAGCAAAAUCCGGAAAAAGUUGAGGUGGAAAAUGCACAGCAACUGCAGAGCUCCGGCGACAACGUGGGAUCCCUGCUGUACUCCUUCGCCAAGAAGGUAGUGACAGUGGGUAUCAUCUACUUUGUCGGUUACAUGGGAUGGUCGGUGGCAUGGCUGAUAACGCCGGUCUUACUGUCUGUGGCGCGCGAGCAGUGGCGAAGCAAAAACGAGACUCGUCGGAAUGUUGCAAAAGCAUCGGCGCUUGCCAGUGAUAAAGAGGUCAUCCUGGCACGACUUGGUGAUUUACCUGCAUGGGUUUUCUUUCCCGACAUUGAGCGUUGCGAGUGGCUUAAUAAGAUUCUGAAACAAGUAUGGCCCAAUGCAAAUUUCUUCGCCAAAAAUCUCAUAAAGGAAUCUAUCGAGCCCAACAUUCAACAAGCGUUGGCCGGAUACAAGUUGAAUGGUUUCAAAUUUGACCGUAUGAUUCUUGGAACAAUCCCUCCUCGAAUUGGCGGAGUAAAGGUGUACGAGAAAAAUGUUUCUCGCAAUGAAAUCAUCAUGGACUUGGACUUGUUCUACGCCGGUGACUGUGAUAUCAACUUUUCGCUGAGCGGAUUACGCGGGGGAAUUAAGGAUUUCCAAAUCCACGGUACGGUGCGGGUCAUAAUGAAGCCACUAAUUUCCCAGAUGCCACUCGUCGGCGGGCUGCAGAUAUUUUUCCUCAACAAUCCGAAUAUCGAUUUCAACCUGGUCGGAGUGGUUGAUCUGCUCGACAUGCCCGGACUGAGCGAUAUAUUGAGGAAAAUUAUCGUGGAGCAGGUUGCCGCUAUCAUGGUGUUGCCAAACAAGUUGCCAAUCAUUCUGAAUGAUGGCGUACCGGCGCUUUCUUUGAAGAUGCCAGAACCGGAGGGUGUUCUUCGAAUUCACGUUGUCGAGGCAAAGGAUCUGAUGAAGAAGGACAUCAGCGUGCUGGGCAAGGGCAAGUCUGAUCCGUACGCAAUUGUGUCGGUCGGUGCACAGCAGUUCCGCACCCAAACAAUCGACAACACGGUCAACCCCAAGUGGGACUACUGGUGUGAGUUUUAUGAACCAUUCAUUACCUAUAGUUAUGGAACAGGAACUAGAAAACGCGCUGAGGUAAACGCUACUCUUGGGCAGGAAAUCGAACUCAACCUUUGGGAUUGGGAUCCUGGCUUCCCAGGUGUCCAGAAUGACGACUAUCUUGGCAGAGCCACGGUCGAGAUCAGCAGUGUUACCAAAAACGGAGAAAUUGAUACUUGGUUAACACUCGAGCAAGCCAAACAUGGCUUAGUUCAUCUGAGACUGACCUGGUUCACGUUGAGUGCUGACAAAAACGAUCUUAAGGCUGCCCUAGAAGAAACGCAACUAUUGCGAGUUACGUCAAUGAGCACUGCCCUGUUGACGGUGUUCAUUGAUUCGGCUAAAAAUCUUCCGCAAGCCCGUCAACAAAGUCAACCAGAUCCAUAUCUCGUACUAAGCGUCGGAAAGAAAACGGAACAGACUAGCGUUCAAAUGCGUACCGAUGCUCCGGUGUGGGAACAAGGGUUCACGUUUCUGGUAGGAAACCCAGACAACGACACCUUGCAGCUGAAGAUUAUUGAUCAGAAGACCAGCAACACACUAGGCACGUUGACCUACAUUCUAAGCGGGCUGAUGGAGAAGAACAAUCUGGAACUUAUGUCACAGCCGUUCCAGCUUCAGAAAUCAGGUCCUGAAACCAGAGUUAUUAUGUCCUUGUCGCUGCGAGUUUUGAAGCGUAGCCGUGACUCAGUCGAAGCUGCUUCCGAUAAGACUUCGGUAUCCGAAGGAUACGGUGGUGAUAGCACCUUAUCGAGAACAAGUUCUAUCAAAGCUGCUCCUUCCGCAGUAGCGGAUUCCACUACUUCAGAGCAGGCUGUUGCAAGCUCAAUUAAAAGACAAGAAUCUCGAAAAUCUACAGCCUCUGGUAUUACCGACCAAAUGUCUAUACCGGAAGAACCUUUUGUUGUGUCUACACUCAAUACGGUUAUGAUGGCUACUCCACCAAGAAGUCCAAAUUUAAGCGAAAACGGAUCGGAACUUCUGCGACGCACUCCAAGCACCACAUCGUCAGCUGGAUCUGCUGGGUUGGGUCGUAUUCAACUAACCAUUGCAUUUAGUGUGCAACGACAACGACUGCUCGUAAUUGUGCAUAAAAUUAGCAACAUCCCACAGAAAGAUCCGUCUAAUAUCCCAGAUCCCUAUGUUAAGCUGUACUUACUUCCGGGACGAUCCAAAGAAUCCAAACGAAAAACUAAUGUUGUUAAAGACAACUGCGACCCGGUGUUCGACACCACUUUUGAGUACAUUAUUUCGAAUGCGGAGCUGGUGAACUCCGAACUGGAGGUCACUGUUUGCACUCAAAAGGGAUUCUUCGGAAGCCCUGUCAUUGGAAUGCAAAAACUUGUAUUAAGUGAUCCAGAUAUUGCAACAGCACAAGGUGUUAAAGCAUGGUACGAUCUGCUACCGGAAUCGAAAUUCGAAUAAAAUGUUGAACAAGCUUCAGUCAUAGCUUUAGCAGAUUUUAUCGCGAUUUAAAAUGAGUAAUUCAGCAAACAUUAUCGAUAUCGUAUUCGACUUCUUUUUUGUGCAUUUUAACUCAUACAUAUUUAUUCCUAUUAUACAAGAUAAGCACUUUUUGCGCAAUCAUGUUCGUCCACAGUUACAUUAUUUGAUAUUUGAUCGCAGAUAUUUUAAAAUUUUACAUAAAAAGCACAGGUAAAAUUUGUAGUAAGGCACCAUGGUUGAAUCCCACUGAAAAUGAAUAACGAUGCAAAGCAUCUCUUGCGUAUUUCCUAGAUUGUAGUCGAUAUUAUCGAACCCCUAAAAGCAGAAAACAUGAACAGUAUAUUUCAAAUUGUCUCCAAAUCGUGUCAAUUAGUAGAGAACAAAUCCAGCCUAAGAAACACAUACCAAGUGAAUGACAAAAAUGUACCAUAAAACAAUCAACAGUUGCCUGGAAAGGAAAUCUUUUCUCUCGAUUCAAAUUCUACAGAACAGUUGUGCUGCCAGCGGCCUUCAGUGUGUAGUGCGGGAAGCAUGAGCAAGUUGUGAAAUACACUGUAAAAUGGAUAAAUUUGAUUCUAUUACACGGAGCUUAUUGAAACAAUGAUAUGAUGCACGGAAGUAGAGUAACUAGUAGCUUUAUGCCCAUGAUAAAUUUUUGCUAAUAUAUAACUAAGUUGUGCAAGGAAUAGAUAUUUAAGUCACGUUAAAUAAAUCAUACAAAUGUGCUUUUAUCUUUAAAUACUACUCUGAAAUGGAUUCUGUACUUGUAUUACAGUCAACUAUUGAUAUAAAUAAAUCGUACUUUCAAAUUUGAUUUAACUCAGAA